GUCACGCUUUACUACCAACAGGCACGGAAUUCCAGGGAGGAAGUCACUGAGAUUGGAAAACGAACAACAACUGUAAAAGGUGCCAAGAAAAGGAAAAACAAACCCUGGUUACGUGAAGAAGUCGGAAUACGGCCUUUCCUCGCUGGGAACAGUAGAACCAUCUGAAGUUUGGAGUAUGGACUAGAGGCACCGCCGCGCCGGGUCGCAGCAGAUGGAGGCGGCGAGAAGUUUGCUGUUCGUCGGGGCCGUGCUGCUCGCAGCGACGGGAGCUAUGGGUAGAGAAGAAACACCUGACCAGAGGACGUUUCCAGAGCCAGGUGUCCGCGUAUGCCUGGGUACAGACAUGAAGCUGGACCUGCCCUCCAGCCUGGAAAAUCACUACGAGACCCUGAAGCUGCUCUACACCGACUGCAAGGUCGUCCACGGCAACCUGGAGAUCACUCACCUUCAUGGAAACCCGGACCUCUCCUUCCUCGAGGGGAUCGUGGAGGUUCAGGGUUAUGUACUUGUAGCCCAUUUGUCAGUGAGUGUGUUGCCUUUGGACAACCUUCGCAUCAUCCGAGGCAGCCAGCUGUACAACUCCAACUACACUCUGGCUGUGCUCGAUAACACUGUGGGCGGAUUGGGGCUCAGGACGCUGCGGCUACGUAGCCUCACAGAGAUCCUGUUGGGAGCUGUGUAUAUUUGGGGGAACCCCCAGCUGUGCUACCCUGACCCCGAAAACAUUGUUUGGAGGGACAUGUUGGAUAAGCCAAACACAUACGCCGAUCGGCACCGACUGCAGGGACGGGCCCCCAAUUGUCCCAGUUGUGCCUCUGUUUGUGGGAAAAGCUGCUGGGGAGAAACGGCACAGGACUGCCAGACCUUGACACAGAUAAACUGUGCGUUUGGCUGUCAGCGCUGUAAAGGUCCCAAUCCCCAUGACUGCUGUCACACACAGUGUGCGGCCGGGUGCACAGGGCCCAAAGACUCAGACUGUCUGGCUUGCCGUCACUUCAACGACAGCGGUGUGUGUAAGGAGAACUGUCCUCCGCCCACCAUCUACGACCCUGUCACCUUCCAGACCAAACCCAACCCAAACAAGAAGUUUAACUUUGGAGCAACAUGUGUGAAGACGUGCCCCUAUAACUACCUGGCUAUGGAAGUAGCUUGCACUUUGGUUUGUCCCAAAACCAACCAGGAAGUUAUCGUCGCCAACCCUGAGGGAAACGAGCUGCAGAAAUGUGAAAAGUGUGAAGGAGACUGUCCCAAAGUGUGUUAUGGUCUGGGUAUGGACAACCUCGGUGUCAUGGACAACCACGGCGUCACCAUGGUAACAUCUACUAAUGUGGAGCAGUUCAACAAGUGCAAGAAGAUAUUUGGCAGUCUGGCUUUCCUCCCUCAGAGCUUUGCAAGGGACUCUGCGAGCAACACAUCAGGUCUGUCCCUCGAGCAGCUCAGCGCCUUCAAGUCUCUGGAGGAGAUUACAGGUUAUUUGUACGUUGAUGCCUGGCCAGAAGAGUGGACUGACCUCCAUGUGUUCGAGAACCUGAAGGUGAUCAGAGGCAGGAUGCUCUACAAGGGGGUGUUUUCACUCGCUAUCCAGAAUCUGCACAUCCGCUCUGUUGGGUUGCGUUCACUACGCAGCGUCAGCGGAGGUUUAGUUCUGUUGCACAACAACUCCCAGCUGUGCUACACCAGUUCCCUGCCUUGGAGCACGCUGCUGCACCCCACCCAGGGGCCGCACCGCAUCGUCAGCCUGAACCAGGACGCCCAGCUCUGUGAGGAAGAGGGGCGUGUGUGUCACCAGCUGUGCAAGGGGGGCUGCUGGGGCCCGGGGCCGAACCAGUGUGUGUCCUGCACGGAUUUCAAACGCGGCACUGAGUGCGUGGAUCAGUGUGACAUCUACCAGGGGUCCAUCCGCGAAUACGCAGCUGAGUCUCUGUGUGUUGCUUGUCACUCAGAGUGUCGACCUCUCAAUGGCUCCGCCUCCUGCCGUGGCUCGGGUGCAGAUCAUUGUUCAGAGUGCAGAAACUUCCAGGACGGUGAGUUCUGUGUGGAUCAUUGUCCCAGGGGUGAGAAGGAGGAUCAGCAAAUUGUGUGGAAGUACAAAAACGCUUCAGGACACUGUCUGUCCUGCAACACCAACUGCACGCAGUCCUGCACGGUGAUGGAUGAGAGAGGCUGUCCCGUGGAUAAAAGGCCAGGACCGGGGACAACCAUCGCGGCUGCAGUGGGUGGAGUGGUGCUCUUCUUCAUCCUGCUGGCCCUGCUGGUCUUCUACCUGAAGAGACAAAAUACGCUCAGGAGGAAAGAGACAAUGAGGAGGAUCCUGCAAGAACACGAGCUGGUGGAACCUUUAACACCCAGCGGCGCGUCGCCAAAUCAGGCUCAGAUGCGUAUUCUGAAAGAGACAGAGUUGAAAAAGCUCAGGGUGCUCGGAGCAGGGGCCUUCGGUACCGUUUACAAGGGUGUGUGGGCACCUGAAGGGGAAAAUGUGAAAAUACCAGUGGCCAUCAAGGUGUUACGGGAGAACACCUCGCCUAAGGCCAAUAAGGAGAUCCUUGACGAGGCCUAUGUGAUGGCAGGAGUGGCGAGCCCCUACGUGUGUCGCCUGCUGGGGAUCUGUCUGACCUCCACGGUGCAGCUGGUCACUCAGCUGAUGCCGUACGGCUGCCUGCUCGACUACGUCAGGGAGAACAAGGACCGCAUCGGAUCCCAGUUCCUCCUCAACUGGUGUGUCCAGAUCGCCAAGGGGAUGAGUUAUCUGGAGGAAGUCCGGCUGGUCCACAGAGAUUUGGCCGCCCGAAAUGUUCUGGUCAAAAACCCGAACCACGUGAAGAUCACCGAUUUCGGUCUCGCUCGUCUGCUGGACAUCGAUGAGACUGAAUAUCACGCUGACGGAGGAAAGGUGCCGAUUAAAUGGAUGGCCCUGGAGUCUAUUCUGCACAGGAAGUUCACUCACCAGAGUGACGUCUGGAGCUAUGGCGUGACGGUGUGGGAGCUGAUGACGUUUGGAGCUAAACCGUACGACAUGAUCCCAGCCAGAGAAAUCCCUGAAGUGUUGGAGGGAGGAGAACGGCUCCCCCAGCCUCUCAUCUGCACCAUCGACGUCUACAUGAUCAUGGUCAAAUGUUGGAUGAUUGACCCGGACAGCAGACCGAGGUUCACAGAUCUGGUGAAUGAUUUCUCUGCCAUGGCCAGAGAUCCUUCUCGCUAUGUAGUCAUCCCGAAUGAAGAGCACAUGAGCAUGAACAGCCCUGUGGACAGCCAGUUCUUCCGGAUGCUCAUGGAGGAGGAAGGGAACAACAUGAGGGAUCUGCUGGAUGCUGAGGAGUAUCUGGUGCCUCAGCCCAACCACUUCCCCAGGAUGCUGGGGGACGGGGCCCAAACCAACGGGCCGUCCAGACACCAGUCGUACAGGCAGAGCAGAGAUACGGGUUUAGACGUGGAGCCCUCCAUUACCGGCGGCCCCCGCAGCAUGUACUCCUCUGUGAGCACUCUGGGCCGCAGCCAGUACCCCACCUUACCUCUCGGAGCCAGCGCCUCCAACGGGGUCUGGGUCCCUCAGUACCCGACGCUGGCUCGCAGCCCCUCAGCCGGGGGCCAAUCUGACAAUGUGUUCCUGGACGGACCCCUAGAUGACCCCUCGCUGCCCCCGGCAAGCCCCGGGCGCUACUGCAAAGACCCCACCUACUCCAACGGGAGCCAGGGCGACCUGGAGACUGACGGGCCCAAUGGCUUCCAUCACCCCCAACCCUAUCAUUACUCACUGCCCCGACGGAACCAUGGAUAUAAUCAUAAUCAAGCCCCGCCAGAGUACGUCAACCAUCAGAUUCAGGAUCUCAGACCGGGUAUUCCCGACCGGCCGAGCACGUUGCCCCGUAAAGGCUCCAGAGUGGACCGGCGCCUCCCCAACGGCCUGAACUCCGGGCACAGCGUGGAAAACCCGGGGUAUUUGGUCCCCGGGGGCCCCACGUCUCCAGCCUUCGACAACCCGUACUACCUGGACCUCGUGGCCAAAGCUAACGCUGUCGCUUCUGCAGGGGACGACCUGGAGUCACAGGAGAGAGACGGAGGAGGGCCCAGGCAGCUCAACGGGUUUAUGGCCUCAACGGCAGAGAAUCCAGAGUAUCUGGGACUAGCGGACACGUGGAGUGGACAUACCUGAGGAGAGGGAGAAAUGUGACGAACUCCAGGGGAAUCACAGCUUGUGUUCUACUGAGGGGAAACGAGGAGCGAGAGAAAGGGAAGAUGUGUGUGACACAAAUGAGCUGGGUGUUUUAUAUUUGGAACAUUAGGUGCCUGUGUGACUGAAUCAUGCACCUGAAUCAUAACCGGUCGAUGUCGUCCGGUGAGAGUCACCAAAUGCCCUAGCUGUGACAUUAAUCUAGCGUCUGUGGCAUCAUUCGUAUUCCUGUCUUCCUCUCAGCAAUCUGUCCUCUCCAUGUGAAUGUAAAGUGCCAAAAAAAAGAAGUUCCCUCCACCUCUGUGUAUAACGCAGGACUCGAUAAGCAAAGGAGUUCACAUUUGUCAAAACACAACAAGGUACAAGACUCUGAUUGUCACAGAAUCAAACAUUUGACCCUUUGUUUUGUUUUGUCUUUAAUGUCUGUGGUUGUUUCUACUACAUAUGAAGCAUUUUUCUGUGUUUCCUUCAGCUCCCUGGUGCUAUAGGUCAUGACUCAGCCCAGCUAAAAAGAGAGAAUAGUACACAUUGACAAAGUCAGUUGUAUUGAAAGUGGUGUUUAGUAUUCUGGUCACUUUGUCUCCGACCUGAUGGGGGUCUUCAACACACUCAAAGCCAUUUUGUUUUGGCCAGAGAGUGGCCAGCAGCCCAUCUGGCCAGUAAGCAUGCUCCCUGAAAGAAAGGCAUCCUGUAUGGAGAAGACAGAGGCAUUGUGCAACACUGGUGUGUGUUUGUGUGUGUGUGUGUGUGUGUGUGUGUGUGUGUGUGUGUGUGUGUGUGUGUGUGUGUGUGUGUGUGUGUGUGUGUGGCUGCAGCUACUUUGUGGUACGACCCAUGAGAUACGAGGUCUGGGAAACUCUCCGAAAUGAUGUUUUUCGUUUGAACAACAAAGUGUACUUAUGACUAAAUUAGAGCCAGCGAAUCAGGGAUUAUUUUUUAACUAAUUAGGGAAUAUUUUGUGCAUUUUGAAUCCUGCACUACGGGGAAGGAUGCUGCGUGUGUCCCCCAGGCUUGUGUUAUCACAAUGAGCCUUUUGAUGUUGGUGGCCUUUUACUGUGCAAAAGAAACGCACUACAAGCUAUUGAUGAUUAAAUUCAACAAGAAGAGAAGAAUGUGCAUGUAUGUAUGUAAACAUUGGGUUUGCUCCCAGUUAUGGAACAAAAAGCAAUCCUGCCUUUUUGUGUUGUUUGUGUAAAAGUAAGCAAUGCACUCUGCACUGGAGCUGAUUCUGAGGAGGCAGAAGCAUUGCUGUGCUGGGUCUGGAUAAUCAAUGCAUGGCUAGAAUUCCACUCUGAGAGAGGACACUAAGCGCCCAGUUAAUAAUCAACAGCAUUUUUUUUAUGUUAGCUGGUGUAGGGGCUGGGGGUGGUCAACCCCGCGUCAAUGGAGCCAUUGUCUCACCCUCAUGUCCAUGUUGGAAACUCAGUGCUCUCGGACUCGUGCGUCCCGACCACUUUUGUUGUCACAGCGUGCAAAGAAAGUAAGAGUUUAUUUUCUGCAGAGGUUUUGACCUGGUUCAGUGUUUGGGGGCUUUGAAAUCCUGAAACAAGUCUUGAAAAAUGGACUGGGUUGUUGAAAUGCGUACGACCCUCCAUCAACACAUCGGUUUCUACUCUUCUAGUCUUUUAUCUUGAUGUUCUCAUACGGGUGUUGAAGAGUUUUGUUCCAGACAAAGGAUAAAGUGAUUUUAUAUAAAAAUGUCUUUAAAAAUAUAACAUGUUUUUCUAAAAACGUGAUAAGACUUUAUUUGAAUGAUCAACUAUCAUAUACUUACACCAUUUAGAUUGAAUUUGAAUAUGUUUGAGUGAUAGGAAUCGUAUAACAGUUUAUAUAAAUAUAUAUACAUAGUGUUUUGGAAUGAAACCCUUCACAUUUACUAUUGCUGUCCGGUGAAGACCUCCUAUCUCCAAAUGAAAAAAGACUUCAGAUUGAUUAAAACGUUUUUCUCUGAGGUUACAACCCUUAAAAUAAAUUAAAGGUGCACCCCAGGUCUUCUUAUACUACACAGUAACACCAGUGAAUCCUUAAUAUAAACAAUUGAAAUUCUCAACUGAACUGUGUGAAGAGAUUUGGGCGACAGGGGGUGCUAUCGUUCAUUUAAAAAAAAAAAAAAGAAGGCGUCCCGGCUUCCUUAAGAAUGUGAUAUAUUUUUUCACGGAUAUUAAUAGACCUUCUAUACAAUCACUAUUGAUGUACUGGUGUUUACACUGUAGUGUCUUCAUGUAUAAAAUGUUCCUUUUUAGAUGAUGUGGCCUAACAUGACCAAUGGAUCUCAGAGCUGAGGAUCUACCUGCUGUUCUCCUUAAAACCACGUGUCCUUUUUUUCUGUUUGUUUUGAUUAAAAACUGUUCAUUUGUACUAAAAGCAGGCAGAUCUGGAGAGCUGACUCUUGUCAUGUUUCUGGUGACUUAGUUUAUGGUAACGUUAAAUCUUCUCGGGCAAAAUGUGGAAAGAGUAAAAGGUUGUUUGUCGCUUUUUUAAUUGUGAAGCUUAACCUGAAUGAGAAUGAGGCCUGUAACUGUUUUGUAAGUUUGUUAAACAUCGACAAAAGUCUGUUAAAAAGUCUCAAAUGUGACCGAAGUAAGAACCUGCAUGUUUUUAUCCAGAGAUAAGCCCAAAAGGAAAGAAGGAACUAAUGAGAGUGUGCUGAAGGUUUUAUAAAAUUAAAUACCUGUAAUAUACAUUUUGAAGAAAAUGUAUCUUUUAUACUUUUCAUGUGAAUAUUUUUUUAACCUUUCACAGUGUGUGUGAUUGUGACAGGACAUGAAUAAUAAUAACAACCAUGUUUUUGGGAGAUGUUUUAAUUUUUUUAAUGUUUCCUUUCUUAUUUGGUCAGUGAGUCGCAUGAUGUAAAUGUGUAGUGUAAAUAAAUAAAAACAAUCACUUUGGUAGCUAAUUUGAUUGAAUACAUUGUGACCAGUGGCUCUACUGUGGAGGGAGGCGGAGUUAUAUACAUAAGAAAAUUAUUUAUGAAGAAAUGGUCAUUUUAUUUGUAAUUGUUUGCAUACAUUGUGUGUCUCAUUAAACUCAUACCG